AUGGGCUGCUGCUGCAGCUCAGACUAUGACGAGGACUGGAUCGAGAACAUUGACAUUUGUGAGCACUGCAACUACCCCAUUGAGCCCAACAGCAAGCCCCAGAGGCUGAUCCGCAACGGCUCCGAGGUGCAAGACCCACUGGUGUGCUACGAGGCCACAUCUCCACCGUGCUCCCCACUGCAAGAUAAGCUGGUGGUGGCUCUUUACAACUAUGAGCCCAAGCACAGCGGGGACCUGGGGAUGCAGAAGGGUGAGAAGCUCCGCAUCCUGGAAGAGAGUGGGGAAUGGUGGAAGGCUCAGUCACUCACCACCGGCCAGGAGGGUUUGAUCCCCUACAACUUUGUGGCCCUGCUGAACAGCCUGGAGCCUGAGCCGUGGUUCUUCAAGAACAUCAGCCGCAAGGAUGCAGAGCGGCAGCUCCUGGCCUCGGGCAACACACACGGUUCCUUCCUCAUCCGAGAGAGUGAGACCUCCAAAGGCUCCUACUCACUGUCAGUGAGAGACUUCGACCAGAACCAGGGUGAGAUGGUGAAGCACUACAAGAUCCGCAACAUGGACAAGGGAGGAUACUACAUCUCCCCCCGCAUCACCUUCAGCAGCCUGCAUGAGCUGGUGGAGUAUUACACACGCUACUCAGACGGGCUGUGCACCCGGCUGGGCAGGCCCUGCCGGAGCCAGCGCCCACAGAAGCCCUGGUGGCAGGAUGAGUGGGAGGUUCCACGGGAGUCACUGAAGCUGGUGGAGAAGUUGGGAGCAGGACAGUUCGGAGAAGUCUGGAUGGGCUUCUACAAUGGCCACACUAAGGUGGCCAUAAAAAACCUGAAGCAGGGCAGCAUGUCACCCAGUGCCUUCCUGGCAGAGGCCAACCUCAUGAAGAACCUGCAGCACCCACGACUGGUGCGGCUGUACGCCGUGGUGACAAAGGAGCCCAUCUACAUCAUCACAGAGUACAUGGAGAAGGGCAGCCUUGUGGACUUCCUCAAGACCUCAGAAGGCAUCAAGCUCAGAAUCAAUAAGCUGCUGGACAUGGCAGCGCAGAUUGCUGAGGGCAUGGCCUUCAUAGAGGCCAAGAACUACAUCCACCGUGACCUGCGGGCUGCCAACAUCCUUGUGUCGGACACCCUGUGCUGCAAAAUAGCUGACUUCGGGCUGGCCAGGCUCAUUGAGGACAACGAGUACACGGCUCGCGAGGGGGCUAAAUUCCCCAUCAAGUGGACGGCACCAGAGGCCAUUAAUUACGGGACAUUCACGAUCAAGUCGGAUGUCUGGUCCUUUGGCAUCCUGCUGACAGAGAUCGUCACCUAUGGCCGGAUCCCGUAUCCAGGGAUGACCAACCCUGAGGUGAUACAGAACCUGGAGCGUGGUUACCGCAUGCCGCAGCCAGACAACUGCCCACAGGAGCUGUAUGAACUGAUGAUGCAGUGCUGGAAGGAGAAGCCCGAGGAGCGGCCCACCUUUGAGUACAUGAAGAGUGUGCUGGAGGACUUCUUCACUGCCACUGAGGGCCAGUACCAGCAGCAGCCAUAAGGACAAUGGGUUGGGGUGCCUGGAGCUGCUCCCCAUGCACCAGGUCCCCACAGACUCUAUGCACAUCAGCUGAGGUCAGCACUGCCUGGACCUCAGCAGUAAAGGUUUGAAGUGCUUCAA